AAAAUUUUUGACGUUUCGUCAAUUUGCACUGUUUGCGUGUAAUAAGUACUUUGUGCGUAACUAUAUUUAUUUGAAAUUAAACAAUUAAACUACAAUUCAGUAGUGAAAAAUGGCUUCACCACGAACCCGCAGGAAGCUCAACUCUAUCCGAAAUAUCGACGAUAAUAACAAAUGUUUCGAGUGUGGUACAUUGAAUCCGCAAUGGGUCUCUGUAACGUAUGGAAUCUGGAUUUGCUUAGAAUGCUCGGGGGUGCACCGCAGUCUAGGAGUUCACCUUUCAUUUGUUCGAAGUGUCACCAUGGACAAGUGGAAGGACUUGGAGCUGGAGAAAAUGAUGGUAGGGGGCAACGCGAAGGCUCGAGAUUUUUUCGAGAGUUCGUCGGACUACAAGCCUGGCAUGACAAUACCUCAGAAGUACAACACUAAAGCAGCUGCUAUGUACCGGCAAAAGAUAUCUUUUAUGGCCGACGGUAAACAGUGGUCAGAAGAAGAUUAUAUUCCGGAGAUUGCCCAGAAAAGCGCCGUGUGGGGAUCUUCAGAUUUUUUUUCAUCCGACCAAUCGGCCACAGUAAAUUACACAGAUUCGGACGAUCUCAGCUAUCAGUGGUCUGCGUCCCCCAAGAAUUCUCCGACGAUGCCCAUGAGCCCUAGCCAUGAGAACACGAUGGACAACCCCUUAGCAUCGCUUGCAUCUGGCAAGUUCGGACGGUCGCGCCGUCGUCGUAAUGAAGACAAAGAAUGUUUCUUGGCGCGGAAAAAGAAAUCUUACGGGCGAUCAUUAAAGAUCGGAUGGUCCCUAUUUACUUCAUCUGUCAGCAAAGCCGCUCGCACCGCUACUGAGAGCGCCGUGCGUUACGGAAGCAUCGCAUCGCAGAAAGUGACAGAGAUGGCUUCUACCGUAACCGAAAGGGUAAACAACCGCUCCGGUUGGAGUACUUUGUCGGGAGCCACCGAGCAACGCAGGGCUUCGGAAGUGACCGGCUCAUACCAGACUGGUUACGGUGCUAUGAAGACGUCGACCUCGGAGCCCCAUGCGUCUUGGAACGAACAGUUGCAACCGUGGAAAGAGUCGGUUGCAGCCAGAAACAACAUGGACACCCGCGAUCUAUCGCAAGUGGGCGUGUCCAGUCCACCGCCGGACAUAAAGAACCUCACCAUAAAAAAGAAGAAUGCAUCAGAUGAGGAUUCUUGGGAUUGGCUUAACAACUAAGCUGCCAAGCUUCCAUUCCGACUAAGGCUGCUGCGACCAGAAGGCUGCCAUUUUGUGUCCACGUCACACCUACAUGAUUUACUAUAUUCUAUUUCGUUCUAAAAUAUCGACUGUGUAUCACAUUUGCAAUAUGUUCAGAAGAGUUGUUAAAAGCUAACGUAAUAGGUACCUACAUGGAAAUACAUUUAAAUGUAUAUUGUUCAUCUUAUAACGGAAGACAGGGUCUCGACUGUCGAAAGUCCAAUGAAACAGAAGUUUUGUAAAAAGAUUGAUAAAUAAUUAAUGCUUAUGUAAAAUUUAUACGACAGUAAAUGAAAAUACAGCACGACUUCAACAGAAUACCAAACUAUAUCGAGAAACAAUUAAAUGUAAUUAUUCAACAAAAUUAUUGUUUGAACUUUAUUAGCCUGAACAAAACCUUUGUAAAUAAAUCUGAACAAAUGAUUGUAAUAUUCUUAUGGAACAAUCUCGUCGGCUCUUCCAAUAGUAUACUUUACACAAGUUAUCUGAACAAUAUGGGAGAUAAAAACUGCUGAAGGGGCUGGAUAUUUAUUAUACUGCGGCCAUUAACGUGCGAUCUGUCAUAAGUAUUUUUUAUCUGAUCUCUCGCUCACACUUACUACUUUGCGAGUUGUGUGACAUUGUCACAUUCCUUUGACGUUCGCACGUUUAUAACGACCCAACUAUAGUUGUAUUUGAUUUUACAGUCGUAUAGAUUCCAUACACAAUGUCGAUUACAUAGUAAUUUGUUAUACACUGAUGCUUUUGUUACACAGAAAGUUUUACGCAUAAAGUAAACUACGCAAUGUAUUCGGAAAUACUUUGAUUAGAACAUUCCAAAAUAACCGCUGGUUUCUAAUGUGCAACGAAUUUUUAACAUCUCUUCAAACCGCGGCUAUGUAUUUGAGGCUGUGUCUAAAUUGUCAAUUGGAGGACUUUUUAUUUUUUUUAUUACAUUGUACGUUUACUGCGUUCAACAAAGUAUGCGUGAAAAGCUUCAUUGUAAAUCGGAUUACUGAUUUAGAACAAAUUUAUCUUUUAUGUAUUUUAAUUGAUCGAUUUUCCAAUUUAUCCUUAUUGUUUCUACUGUUUUUCUUUAAAAAGUGUGAUGUGGCCGAUCAAUCAAACGUCAAAUAAUCAAAUAUGGCGCCGAUGUAAUUCCCACCAUCUUGACGUCGUGACACUUCGUCCAGAAACAACACGAGGGCUUUUUUCUUGUUUCAUUAUCUGUAUUAACAAUUUCUUAAGUUCCAUUUUUUCCGUAAUAAUGCCCUUUGGUCGAAGUCCGAUUAGAAAGUUGUACUGGCCUAAAUUUGAGUAGCUUGGCCUAUAUUAAUCACAUUGUUAGUAUAUAAGGUGUAAGAAUGGGUUUUUGAGGGAUGCACGUUUUGUACUUGCGUGUGGAGUGAUUGAAAGUCUAGGCGUUAUAUAUAGCCUAUAUUGAAGUUGAAUAUACUUUAACUUUAAUAAAUAGAUUCUUCAUUGCAACUAUUGCGUUUAACAUAUCAAAUCAUGUUCGACGCCGGAUAAAUUGCAUCACAUUAAUAGAUAAAUACUGGUUGCAUUAUGAGCCCACUAAACGAGAUCGAAAUAAUUAUAGAUUUGAACAUCAUACCGACAAUGGAAUGCAUUUAUGAAUAAGUUAGACAAUUUUGAACGUACCGUUUUUAGUUUAGAUCGGCGGACCAUCUGCCCCAUAUUCCGUCUACAAAGACAUUUAGCAUAAUUGUUUACUAAAAUAAAUUUGUAAUCUCUCGGUUUUUAUUUUUUUAUGGUCGGUUACGUUCCAUACGUUUCUGAUUAUUGUUGUAUUUAAUCCAAAGUUGCCAUUCGAUGUCGAUAGAUGAGUCUAUAGUUCUAUCUUUUUUAAUAUAUUUAACCUGACUCUUACCGUCCUCCUCUUAACGAACUAAAAUAAGUAUUUUGCAAAUUUUCUUUACAUUUAUUUAUCGACAUCGAUUAAGCCUUAUCCACGCUGUGUUUUGAGAUUACAAUGUUGUACAAAAAUAGGAAUAGAUUUAGGUGGGGAUGACACAGCUGGAUGGGGCUUAUUUUUAUUCCAUUUAUUUUUAAUAUAAACUUUGAUUAUUAGGUAUUAUUCUAUUUUUUUUUAUUAGGUACCAUAUUUUGUCGUAAUUUUUCCCAUAUUUCUGUAACUAAGAUCAAUAUGUAUCUGUAAAAUUAUGUUAUGUACUAAAGUACUACAUAUUGUUAUUUAUAUUAUAUUUUUAAGGUUUGUUAUGUCUGGUAACCUAAUAUAGGCUCACUGUUGGCUAUAUUAUGAUAGUAGUAAUUCAAAUUUGCUUGAUUCAUUAUUAAUAAUAAAUCUAGAUUAAACUCAA